UCGCUAAGAGUAGCAGAGGGCAGAGAGGGUGCAACAGUUCAGUUUACAAUGCCGUCCGAGUCUUGUCAAAUAGUUGGGCUUCUCCUAAGUCUCAUAACAAUCCAAUGUUUGGCGACCGGUGAGAAUCACUGGUGCGAUUGUGAACGAUUGAACGACAUGCUCAACGCCCACACCAAACAUUUGUCCGAAUUGGUGGGAUACGAGAGGAAAACCGACAAGUUAUUGGAAUGGAAAAAGAAUUUCGUCCCAUCGCCCUACGACGUUCGCAGUGCAGACACCAACGGAAAGUUAGAAGGGAUCGAAAAUGUGAUUGCUGUACUGAAGAUCCGAACCGAGCAGAUUGAAGAAGAAUUGGCCAAGUACCGCAACAUCUCGGAGAAACUAAACACUUGGAUAGAUGAAUCCGACGUCACGAUCGCCAAUGUCGUGAGAACAAAUUUAAAAUCCGCUACCAAUGAAUCUGAGGAGAUGGCGAAACUGCGGAACUCGGAAAGUGGCGAACCCCAGCGAAUCAACCUGCGACGAACUCCGGAACAGACGAUAUUCGAGCAAAUGAAAUUAAUGCUGGCUAACAUGACGACUGAAUUGGCUGUGCUGCGUAACUACAAAGUUCCUAGACUCGAGUCUCGCGUCGCCAUCAUCGAGGCUGAACUUUUAGCCAACCGAGAACCAUAAAAUAGUGUCACCAAACGAAUAGCAAAACAAGACAACCGUAGGGCGGAAAUUCGGGAGGAAAUUUACAAAAAAAAAUUGCGGAUUAGUUCGAAAUGGCUUUUUACUCCAGCAGCGUCAAUUGACUGAAACAAAUCUGACGAUAGCGGCAAUAGUCCCCCCCCCCCCAUCUUAAAAUGGUCUUAAAUUAUUUUUGAAAAUUAUUUUCUAUGUACUGAAUUGUUACCGUGAUUUUUUUACUGUGUACAAGGAAUUGGUGGACUGAACAAAAUCAACGACGAAGUUAGUGAA